AACACCGUGUUUGCAGGAGUUGUGUUUGGGAGAACUGUCAACUGUUUCCACCGAAAGUUUGGGAGAAACUGUGUUUGAACUGUCUUUUGUUGACAUUGUGAAAUAAGAAUUAUAAAAAUUGAUAAAAUUAUAAAAUGGUGCAUAAAAUUCAAUUUGUUAUGUUGAUUUUAUCAUUUUAUUUUAAAAUAAUUGAUAGUGAGUUGGUCACAUAUUAUUUAAAAAAAAGGUUAAGGGAAAAUAAAAUAAUUUUAAGCGUUGCUGCCAAUUUAAUGCGUUCGCAAAGUGUAUGGUCUUUGGAACAUUCCAGUACCUUUUGGGAAGUAGACUGCCAGAGUAAUGGGGACAAGUUUUUCAAAGAUAAUUUCCGAUGGGAAAGAUCCUGCUUUGAAAAAUUGUGCAGCAAACUUGAAAAAAUAGCCAAAAGAAAAACGAACUAUCGAAACCCGAUUUCACUAAAAAAGCGCGUGGCAAUUGCUCUGUAUGCACUAGGAUCUUCUAGUGAAUACAGAUCAAUUGGACAUUUGUUUGGAGUAGGCAAAGCAACUGUUUGCAAAAUACUCAUCGAGUUUUGCAAUGAAGUUGGGACAUCUUUGGCUCCAAUAUAUUUGAAAAAUUUUCCACUGACAAGGGCGCAAAUUGAGAAUGGAGUCGCAGAUUUUAAUGCAAUGGGCUAUCCACAAUGUAUUGGAGCAAUAGAUGGAUGUCAUAUUGAAAUUCAUCCAAGAAAGGAAGAAGCCAUUGAUUACUACAACUACAAAGGGUGGUAUUCCGUAGUACUAUUGGCUUUGGUAGACGCAAAAUAUAGAUUUGUUUAUAUACAUUGCGGCAGUCCUGGAAGAUGCAACGACUCCGGAAUUUUUGAAAAAUCAUCGCUAAAGCGCGAGUUGCAAAGUUGUGCACUUCUUGAUGAAUUGAGCUUGCUGUAUGGAUCCACAAAAAUACCAGUCCAUAUUAUAGGGGACUCUGCUUUUCGUCUCUCUCAGCAUUUAAUGAAGCCAUAUCCGCAUAGUGUGACCAAUACACCCGAACAAAAAAAAUUCAACUAUAGAUUGUCUAAGUGCCGGCGUGUUGUGGAAAAUGCUUUUGGCCAUUUAAAAGCCCGAUUUAGGAGAAUUGGAAAAGGCGUGGAUAACCACAUGAAAAAUGUAAACACAGUUAUUUCAUGUGCAUGUGUUUUACAUAAUUUUUUGAUUGCUGAGAAGGAUUUAAUUUUGGAAAAUUGGCUAGUGGAAAUGCAUCGCGAUUCCAGGCGCAAUAUUCAAUACGGCACCAAUGCAGUUGACCGAUCUGAAGGAGAAUCGAUAAGAAAUGCGUUAAAGGAAUAUUUCAGUGAGUAA